CUUGGAGGCAGCGCUCCUUUGUCGAUUGGCGGUGGAUUUCUCGGUGACUGCUGGCAGCCAGAUCAACGAGGAAGAGCUGUCGCCAUUUACUCCUUAGCUCCGCUAAUGGGCCCUGUCGUGGGACCUAUCACGGCUCAAUACUCGACCUGGAGAUGGGUGUAUACGUCUAUCGUGGAUGCAGUCAUUCAGAUUAUUGGAAUGUUUGCACUUCAAGAGACUUACGCGCCUGUCUUAUUGGAAAGGAAGGCAGAGCAGAUUCGCAGAUCGAUGGCUGCCGAAAAAGCUCCGCACAGAGAAAUCCGUACCAUUUUCGAGGGUCAAGAUCGCUCUUGGCAGGCCAUCAUGGCCAAAUCACUCAGCCGCCCUUUAUUUUUGACGACGAUGCCAUCGAUCUUCCAAGGCACAUACCAUCAGUCGGUAGGAAUAUCCGGCUUUCAUUACACUGCACUUGGCCUAAAAUUGUCAGCGGCCUUCCAAUUAAAUGCGAGAACGAUGGACAAAGUUUACAUUUAUCUUAAGGGUAAGAACGGUGGAGUUGCGAAGCCGGAGUUCAGAUUGCCUGCUAUGGUUCCCGGAUCUCUCUUACUUCCAAUUGGGUGCUUGAUUGUAGGCUGUACCUCUGAAGCUCAUGUGUAUUGGAUAGCUCCAGAUAUUGGCAUUGUGCUUGUGGGAGCAGGCAUCAUUCUAAAUUGCCAGUGUAUCCAGACCUACAUCCUCUUGCCGCCAUCUCUUUUUUUGCGGUCACUAGCAGGCUUUGGAUUUUCCUUGUUUGCUCCAGCAAUGUACAAACUCGGGUUCGGCAAAGGUGAUACCAUUUUAGCAGUCGUGGCAAUCGUUGUCGGCUGUCCUGCACCCUGGAUAUUGUGGCGUUAUGGGGAGCGGAUACGGAACAGCAGUCGACAUGCGCGGUGAAUUCGAUGAUGGCCUCAGCGAUCACAAUCAGCAAAAGGGCCUUGCCUUUUACGAUGAACGCUAUAUGGUGUGAUGCGGGUAGAAUGAGGGAAUGCAGCUGAAAUCGGAUGAUUCCAGCUCCUGCAAGAGAAGAGGCUUCUAAUCAACCUCGUGAUAAUAGGGAAGUUCGAAGUUAACUG